GGAGUGAACUUUGGAGCAGACAAUUGGCUUGUGUUUAAAAGAGUUGCAGUUGAUCAAGUGACGACAGGGUUCUCCGACACGACCUCUGAUCCACUGCAAAAUGGGAUGACAAAGACUAGUGAGGUUAUCCCGAAUCUCUACAGUGACGAAAACUGCCUAGCGCGACUUGGUUGGAACAAAUUGAUGACCGUCAUUGUGCGAGAAAUGAAGAGAGGUUUCCUGGAGGAGGCGAUGCGUAACUGCAAAGAAGAGGAUAACAACGUUCUGUUCAGUGGUUAG